AUGACGCGCUGCGAGCGGCUGCGUGGCGCGGCCCUGCGCGACUUGCUGGGCCAGGCGCAGGGCGUCUUGUUCGACUGCGACGGGGUGCUGUGGAACGGAGAGCGCACGGUGCCGGGCGCCCCCGAGUUGCUGCAGCGGCUGGCGCGGGCGGGCAAGACCACGCUUUUCGUGAGCAACAACAGCCGGCGCGCGCGGCCCGAGCUGGCGCUGCGCUUCGGCCGCCUGGGCUUCGCGGGGCUGCGCGCUGAGCAGCUCUUCAGCUCAGCGCUGUGUGCCGCGCGCCUGCUGUGCCAGCGUCGUUUGCCUGAGUCGCCGGGCACCGUGUUCGUGCUGGGCGGUGAAGGGCUGCGCGCCGAGCUGCGUGCGGCGGGGCUGCGCCUGGCGGGGGACCCCGGCGACUACGGCUCGCGCGUGCGCGCCGUGCUCGUGGGCUACGACGAGCACUUCUCCUUCGCCAGGCUGAGCGAGGCGUGCGCGCACCUGCGCGACCCCGACUGCCUGCUCGUAGCCACCGAUCGCGACCCUUGGCACCCGUCCUUGUUGACCAGUCAGAAGUCUAGGGAACUCCAGAUAUUCCUGGCCCGCACAGGCCUAUGGAAGGAAAGCUACCAGUAUUGA